AAUCGCGCUAGGUUAUUACAGGACCCCGACAAGCCUCGUGUUUCCCCAGGCAGUAGUGUCAACAUUUUUGACUCGGUACUUCCGACACCAGAGAAGAAUUUAUAUAACAAUUAUUUAAUAGUUGGUGUGAUCAUGAGCUCUCAAAUAACUUGUGUUGGAUGGGUGAGGAGGGGGGUUUCUAAGGAAACACCAGAUAAAGUUGAGUUGAGCAAAGAGGAGCUGCAGCGCAUCAUAUCUGAGGCAAAGGAUGAAUUAAGGCAUCAUGAUGAUGAUGAAGAGUGCCCGGGGAGUGAUCAAGAGAAGACAGAAACUCAGUCAGCCUCAGAAAUGCCUGACGCUGAUGAUAAAAAGCCAGCAGAAGAUGAUCUUGCUGAGUACGAACUGGACAAAUACGAUGAGGAAGAUCUUGAGACGGCUAAUAUCGGGGACAGUCUGGCAGGUCUGACUGUGUUUGGCAGUAACGACGAAGAUCCUUAUGUCACCAUUAAAGACACAGACCAGUAUGAACGAGAGGACUUCCAGAUCAAGCCGACUGAUAAUCUCAUUCUGGCUGGUAGGGCUGAAAAGGAUUGUUGCAACCUUGAAGUUUAUGUGUAUAACUCUGAAGAGAACUCUCUGUAUGUCCACCAUGACAUCCUCCUGCCUGCUUAUCCACUGAGUGUCGAGUGGCUGAACUUUGACCCUAGCCCUGACGCAAGCACCGGUAAUUUCGCCGCCAUUGGAAACAUGACCCCAAUUAUUGAUGUGUGGGAUCUGGAUGUGGUGGAUAGCCUAGAGCCUGUGUUUUCUCUGGGCAGUAAGAAGACCAAGAAAAAGAAGAAGAAGAAGAAUGCCGCAGAGCCUAUAGAGGGCCACACUGAUGCUGUGUUGGAUUUGUCAUGGAACCCGGUGGUUAAGAAUGUUUUGGCAAGUGCUUCUGCUGAUGAGACCGUGGUUCUUUGGGACCUUGUGCAAGGCAAACCAGCAACAACACUAAGACGUCACACAGAUAAGGUCCAGACUCUGAAGUUCCACCCAUUCGAGGCACAGACUCUAAUCACUGGGUCUUAUGAUAAGUCAGCUAUCCUGUAUGACUGUCGCAAUCCAGAAUCCAGCAAUCGUAUCUGGCGCUUCAGCGGUCAGGUGGAGCGACUGGUGUGGAAUCAGUUCUCCCCCUGCAACUUCCUUGCAAGUACAGAGGAUGGCUUCGUUUACUGUUUAGAUGCCAGAUCAGACAAGCUGGUCUUCACCCUGAGGGCACAUGAUGGAGAGGUGUCAGGUAUGAACCUGAGCAGUCAAGUAAGCGGCUGCCUGGUUACCAGUUCUGCUGACAAACACGUGAAGAUCUGGGAUAUUCUCGGGAACAAACCCAAGCUCAUCCACUCCAGAGAUAUGAAAAUGGGAGUGCUUUUUUGUGCAGCUUGCUGUCCUGACAUGCCGUUCGUUUAUGCGUUUGGAGGACAAAAGGAUGGGCUGCGAGUGUGGGACAUUAGCGAUGUAGCUACAGUGGUGGAGGCUUUCGGAAGUCGGGAGCGCUUGGUUGCCAACACGGUGUCCGUGGGCUCCAGCAGCAGCACGGUUGACAUGGAGGUCUCUUAAUGGUACAGCUGGAGACUUUGUGACCAAAGAACUUAUUUUCCAAAUACAAAAUAAGCAAAUUCUGCUUAGAGAAAAAUAAAUCGGCAUGCAUGGUUUUUGGUGUACAAGCUUAACAUACAUAUAUUAUUAAAAUAACAUUUUUGCAAAGAAAUCAUUAAACAGAUGUUUAAUGCUGAAGCCUACUGUAGUUAUGCAUUUUUCUUUAGUAUUUGCUGUCCUGAUUAGUGUCUCUUCUAGGAACACUGAGCAUAAGGUGGGAAUACAGCCUGGAUAGAAUGAAGAGAUGGGACCAAACACACACACUGACGCACCAGUUCAUAUGCGGGGGCAAGUUAGACUAGUGAAUCAACCUACUGUCAUGUUUUUACAUUUGUCACUUCUUUGAUUGAAUUUUCUUGCAUCUUCUAAUUGCUUCUAAGGAUAUGAAGAAAAUGAAACAUUAAAUGAAUGCACAGCUAUACAAUUUAAGCAUCUCUUUUCUUUCCCUCAGAAGUGUAAACACUAAAUAGGCACUUGUUGGUAUAUUUACAUUUGUUUAUGUAUAGUUUUGAGAUAGAUAGAGAGAUAGAUAGAGAGAUACUUUAUUCAUCCCAAUGGGAAAUUUACAACUUUCAGCAGUGUCCACAAACAUGGGUAAUAAGGUCAUAAAUAAAAACUUGUACAAGAAAAAUAAACCAUAACAGCCAAAUAAUACAGGUACAGUAUUUUUAGGGCUUACAUUUGUAGUAUAGCCGGAUGUUUUGUUUUCUAAAGAAUACAGCUGGAUAUAAACAGUGAAUAACAUGAACAAGUCUUUACUCUGUAGCCAUGUUUAUUAACGUAAAACAGACUUGCCUAAAGCAUGUGUAUGUCAUAAAACAAUUUGUGUGUGUGUUUUAAUUAUUAUUUAUUGAACCAAGAUCAAAUACAAACAGAACAACAGGGGUCUUAACAACAAUAACAUAUAAGGGUACAAACAGGCAAGAACAGCAAUGGGGCAAAAAUA